GGGGAGGGGGGGGGGUCCCUUUUCCAAAACUAUCCUUUCUGUAACUACAUGUAAUCUUUAUUCUUUUCUCUAAUGAAUGACAAUCUAAGGUAUUUUCCCAAUUACAUUAUAGUAAUAAAUUUACCAGACUUCUGAAUGUUGAUUCUAUUUCAGUUCAUAUUAAUUUAAUUACAAUAUUUCAUAAACUCCUGAUAUUUACCAUGUACAAAAAACACUCUUGAACAUCCUAUCUCAUUAUCCUCCUAUAAGUAAAUUUCCAUUAAAAUAAAUGCUGUUAAGCCUCUCAUUAACAUAAGAUGAAAAGAUAAUAUAAAAAUUAAUGUUUUACAACAAUUUAUGAGGCCAGAAUACCAUUUACAAUUGAAGAGCUCUGAAAACCACUAAAGGAAAUAUUGGAGGUUUUGUGCAUUGGCAUAUAUCUUUUUUUCCCCCUUAAGCAUCUGCAAUUUUUUAUAUUCUUUAUAUACACGCUCUAUUAUUCGUGUAUCUUCUAUGCUUUUAAACUAACAGAGGUACAAAAUAUUAACAUUUUUGUGUAAAGUGUCAAGUCACAGAGAGAAAACUUAAUAUUGACAUGGAAGACUAACAGCUCAAUGCAAGAUGUUAACUCUACUACAAGAAACACUAUUUUCAGGAUAUUUUCUUCUGACAGAAGGUUAUAUAUGUAAGACAGUAGUUUUUUUAAUUAAUUAAUAAUAAUUCAACUAAUUGUACCCAUUCUUUUACUACAUUAAUAACAAAAAUAAUUUUGAUUUAAAAUAUGCGAGUGGUUUGACUGGUUUUAUAUAUACAAAAGUUAAUAGCAAUUUAUAUUUUUUUAAUAAAAUUGUUGUGCUUCAUAAAAGUUGUUACAAUUUCAUUAUAUAUAAUACAUUUUAUCAACUUCAAUUAACUGCUCUUAGCAUUAAGGAAAGAGAUUGGAUAUAACCAUUACAUUUUGGGGCUGCCAUUAAAUGAGCACCUUUUUCACAAAAUAGUUUGCGAAAUACUGUGCUUUUCAUCCAGUCAUAUCCUUGAUAGCUUCCAGGUAACUUGUUUUCACUAUACAAUUCAAAAUCAAAAAAUGAUUUAACACCCACUUGCUCAAGGCUCCCUAACUGUAUAUAGAAGAGAUCCUGUAUUUAAUUGAGGAAUAACCAUUUUAUGAAACAAAAUUACAUUCUCCACUGACUGCAUUGGCAAAAUACUAAUUUCUUCCCUAUUAUCGGUCCCUGAUUUCAUAUAAGUUAAUUUACAGACAAUUUAUAUUUUGUAAAGUAGAGACAAAAUAUUCUCUGGCAUUGUACAUUACGUUUUAUCAAUAUGACGCUACUGGGAAAUCAUUUUUGUUUUGUUUGGGUAAGGAAUGACAGCAAACAUUUUGUAACCAUUUUUAAAAUACAUAAAAACAUUCAACAUAUAUUGAACUUUUCUCCAUAUGGGUAAUAUAUUUUAUUUUGUAUCUCCAUAAAUCAUUUUUAAGGUCUCUGUAUGCCUCUGAAGAACUUUCUUCGAUACUUGCUGUCUCUCAGGUUUCACUGUGCGCUUCAUCUUCUGCAGCUGUUCAUUUAUUGUCUGAAUAAUGGAGAGCUUUUCCGAAUUCGAUGCAUGAAUGUACACGAUGGUUCAAUUUAACUAGUGUAAGAAACACGAAAACACGUGACAUUAAAACUAUCAUUCUUUUGUUGAUUUAUUCAGUGUUGUUGAAGUGUAAUGUAUGAACAAAUAUCGACCAUAUACUUCUAACAUAUCAGACGUACAAACGAAUUCAGUGAAACAUUUCGGCCUCACCCUGCUAAAAGACAAUGCCCUUGAUACUGGGGACGUUUGUGUGCGGAUACAUUAUGGUUGCUUUGGGAUCGUUACAAAUAGAGGAUUCUGGCGUUUUACCGAUUCACCGCGGAGACAUAUUGAUGUUAUUUUAUCUGACGGUGGUGAACGAGUGCGAGGACGCGGUGCAGGUGGAGGCGCGCGGCGAGCACUGCUGCGACUCGCUCUUCCCAGAGGACCCCACCGCCUGCGAGAUCAUGAGGCUGACGGGCGGGCACAUGGGUCUCUUUGACCCGCGGGAAAGGCGCAACAUCACCUUAUUCUUCGUAACUCCCCGACGCAGUACAUUCAGAUCAACAGCCAUAGAGGCGAGCAUUAAGGCAAAGUCUUAUGAUGGAGAGUGCCGGCAAUUGGAGGAUCGCGGUUUUGAUCCCGGCAAGUGGCGAGGAAUUAGCUUGAUGCAAGGGGCCAAGGACCGUGCUCGAUUUCCCUUCCCUUUCUUUCCCCUCCUCGGGGAAAGUGAAUAA